AUGAGUCUCGUCGACGUCUACUACGCCAAUGUGUACAACGCCUCUCUUUUGCUGCACAAGAGACUGUUCCUCGAAGCAAUAGCAGCGGGUACUGCUCGUCCUCAUGUCGUCCUCAGUGUUUGCGCUUGGGCUUUAAAUUUUUAUCGGGAUCCAAAUGACCGGUCAGUCCUUUGCAACCACGAUUUCAGCAGGGAGUGGGCAGGCCAAGCAGGCAAGCUUGCGUUUCAAGAAGUCGAGAAUCCGACCGAAGAGCACAUUGUGACGUUCAUGAAUCUUGCACUCUUCUGGUACAGUCAGGGCUCAUGGCGGAGAUCUGCAAUUCACAAAGGCAGUGCUGCACAGAUCGCCCAUCUUCUCGGGCUCGGAACCGAUAUGCCGGGCAGAGAAGACUUGUGGGAGUCGGAAAUACGUCGCCGUCGGUUCUGGGCUUGUUAUCUCAUGCAUUGCCAUGCCAUCGAAACGUGCGCUGUGUUGACAUCUGCUGAAAAUACUCUGAAGCUCACGUUACCGUGGCCAGAGGAGGAUUUCAACGUGGGCACCGCCAUCCACCCCAGAGUAUGUUUGAAGUCAGGGAACAGCAAUGGCAGUAUCUUUGGAGAACUGAUCAAAGCCUUGACCUUCUGGUGCGAGGUGAAUGCUCUGGUCAAAUCUCCAGAGUCCAGCAUCAGCGAGAGACUUCACGCCAUCUACGCGCUCGAUGAUCGGAUAUCAAAUUGGUGGACCAAGCUUCCGAGCUCGCUUCAGCUGACGGUUGACAUUGUUCCAGAGGUGCCCGACGAGGCUCUUCCCAACCUGUUACUCCUCCACGUUGUGCACCACCAGUGUCUUUGCGCUCUCCAUGCUUCGGUCGUGCCUCUGUUUUGCUGGAGUGCAGCAGAUGAGACAUGGUCCGCGGCAAGACAGAUGUCUGCGCAGGUGGCCUACGACCACGCCUGUGCUGCCUCGGCCCUCGUCGAUGCCGUCCUGUCGAACUUUGCUCGGCUCAGCGCAAUACCGAGUUUCGUCGCCUAUGCAGCGUACUGUGGCGCAGCCAUACAGAUCCCCUUCAUGUGGUCCACCGAGCCAGCCGUUAAGCAGAGAGCGUACGAGAACGUCAGGGCGAACGUCAAGAUGAUCUAUACUCUGGCAAAGUAUUGGAAGUUCGCCGCCUUGUUGGAGAGCCACGUGCGCUACAUCUACCAGAUCCACGCCAAGAGCCCUGUCAUUCUCGAAGGCGAGCCCAAGUUGAUCCUUGAUUCGAAGAAGCUGAUGAGCUUCCGCGGCACCACCGCGGUCCACGCCAGAGAGUCCAUCCUCGGACACAACCGCAUCCUGUGGAGGAACGGCAAUGUUCUCCCCCGGCCGGGCGAAGAGGUCGCGGACCUUGGGGCUGAACAAGAAGGAGAAGUGGAAGGAGGGAGAGGUGGUGAGUCGCUCAUAGACCCUUCUCCAUCAGCAGUCGAGAUUCCCCAGAGGAGAGAGCUCUUCGAGCCUCGGUCUCCAUCAACGCUCUCGCUCCUCGCCGAACAACCGGCCGCGCCUCUCGCCCAACAAAACCAACCGCGGCCCCCGAUCCCUGGAGUCUCGCUACCAUUGCAAGUACCAUUACCGUUGUCGUCACCAUACGCACCACCACCGCUGCCGAUCAUCGAGCAAACACCAGGGCUCGAGUUCCCGUGCCUGGACUUCUUCCGCCCCUUCCACGACCCCGAAAUGCUCGAUCUCUUCCCCAACGGCCAGGCCAUGGACUUUUCGCUCUUCGCCACGAGUCCUAGGGUGGGUCUCGGCUUUUUGGAUCCCUGGCCGGCCACGGUGCCAGGGUGA